GUGGGAUCAGAAGAACAACUUGGAUUAGUAUGUAAUUUAUAAGGACUCUUCUUCAGCUCAAAUCCAUUCCAUUCAAUCCAUUCAAUCUCACAAACAACAAAACUCCAUCACCAAGUAAGUCAUCAAUCGAAAUCAUAACUUCCCCGUUGUCAAGUCUUCAAGGUGGAGAAAUCGAGCUGGCCAGCUCUCUAGUCAUGGAGCUGCUAGCUAGCUACCCCUCGCCACAUGCCAUGAGAACCUUAUGCUAACAAGUUAUACCCAGAACAUCACAAAAACCCAUAAACAAGACAAAUCCCCAAAAGCCAAAUCCUCAAUUAACAACAUGCCUGAAGGUCGUCAAUCCCCACCACCAGAGGCCCAGACUGGCGCUCAACAACAAUCCAUUCCUGGAACUGGAGAGAGCGUCAACAAGGACACCAACAACCAGGCAGAGAGCAAGGAUCAACGAGAGGUAAGACUUUUCCAGUCUCAAUUGUGCUAUAUACCAAAAGAUAUGAUAUUGACUAUAUAUAGGCAUUGUCAUCAAACCCAACCGGUCCUCUCGAUGCCCACGCAAAAGAGGUGGUAUCAAAAACAAUGGAUCCUUCAGAGGGCAGCAAGUAAAGGGAAGAAGUCAAUGGCAAAUGCAUAUUGGGAGUGCGAUCUCAUGGAGUUCCCCUGGACAGAGCAGCAUGGGAUGGACACAGAUCUGGUACUAGUCGGGUACAUGUUAUGAAAUAGAUGAAUAAACUCUGAAAACGAAAGAUUACUGAACCACA